AUGUCCGAAGAACGGAGCAAGGUAUCGCUCCGUAGCGGGCCUAAAAGGAAGGGUCGCCCAACCAUCAGCGCACCGAGACAGAUCUCAAAUCCAAUCCUUCAGAAUAAUAGCCCUCCUCGUGGUGGCGACCCUUCUGAGGCCCCCGCCCGAAGAGCUCGACCUCGCCCCCAGAAUAGUGGAAAGACCUCCGAUCUUGUCAAGCGGCGCUACUCCAGCCGCUUCAAUAACUUGCCGAGUGACUUCGACCCUACAGCGCCCCCUGUUCCCUCGCUGCCGAACGUCGAUAAAUACGAGACUUCUAGAGACCGGAGGGGCGCUCCCCCUUCCCGGGGAGGUGCUGGGGUUCCACCAGUUGAUAUUAAGGCACUGCGUGACCAGAAGCUGGCUGCGGACCAAUAUGUUGCUACCAUCCUCUGCGAUUCUACCGAAGAUGAAAUACGUGAAUACGAGAUCUCGUUGCGGAAGCUCAAGAGCCGUGCGUCGAACGAUUUGCAGCAGAAUGUCUACCAAAACAGAACCCAGUUCAUCAAGAUCAGCAAGGAGGCGGAGAAGCUGAAGAGCGAGAUGCGUGCUCUGAAAAACCUCAUGUCAGAGUUGAAGGCCAAUACCACGGCCCUCCGGUCGGCCGCAAACGACACCGACUCGUCGAACUUUAACGGGGAGUUCUCCACCGGGCUUAGCAAACGAGACAAACGGAGCUCUGUUGCUGACCGAACAGCCUUGUGGAGCUCACAGAUGCAGGCCCUGUAUAAGAACGUUGAGGGAUCGCAGAAGUUCCUACCAAAUUUACAAGGCCGCCAUGUCGUUCAGAAUGCCGGCCCCUGGGUCGAAUUGGACAAUGCCACCUACAGGUCUAGGCGGGCAAUGCAGAUCUUCCUCCUUAAUGACCACCUGCUGAUUGCAUCCCGGAAGAAGCGAAAGGCGGAUGGCCCCGGUUCUGAUGCACGGGGGCCUAUGCUGAAACUGGUGGCCGACCGCUGCUGGCACCUCUUAGAUGUCGAAGUUGUUGACAUGGCUGGCACGAGCGAGACUUCGGGGGCGAGAAACAAGCUUGCCGACGCCAUCAUGGUCAGAGGCGGUGGCCGCGAGUCGUUCAUCUACAGGACAGAGAAGGCAGAAGACACAGAAAAGGGAGCCCUGAUCCUCAACAUCCGGAAGACUGUGGAAGAGCUGCGCCGGACAUUGCAGUCGGAACGAGAAGCUAACAACAAGGCGAAGGAGACGAUCAAUUAUUUCGCUUCACGAGAUCCGGGAUUGCUCCAGAAGACGGAGCUUCUAGAAACCUUGUCCGAUAUCAAGGACAUGCUGAUAGAAGUGGAUGGGAAGCAGCAGAAUCUGCGAUGGGUGGAGAGCCAAAUGGACGAGCUAGACAUCGAUAUCGCUCUCCAACGCAUCGAACCGGCAGUUGCCCGGGUCGAGAAGAUGAGAGGCCUUGCGUUUGGGCUGAAGAAUAACGCCAUCGCACAGGAUUUCAUAUCUUUCAAGGUCGAUGAGAGAUGCACCAAGUUGGCCACGCUCCUCACGCGCGACCUCAUCGACGCGCAUAAAGAACAGAAGAAGACGAAGCGAAACGUCUCCUGGCUGACUAGGCUGGGAUUCGAGGACAGUGCUAGAGAAGGCUAUCUCGGGGCCCGAAGCGACCUUAUCCAGAAGCGAUCCAGGCAGUGUAUUUUCCAGGGUGAUCUUCACCUUUACAUCUGGGAGUUGUCGUUCGUAUACUUUACCAUUAUUCGGAACACGGUCAGUUGCUUUCAAAGCUGUUUCCCGCCGCCAAUGAUGAGUGCCUGCGUCAAAUGGGCAAAGGAAGAGGUCGACGCGUUCAACACCAUCCUGGCUCGGCAGCUGAGCAGUACCGAGGAGGGAGGUGAAGUGUGGAUGCUGUGCGUCAACAGAGCGAAGGAACAUGGCAAAAUGAUGUCCGAGGUCGGGCUCGACUUCCGCAGUCUCCUCUGUGAAUUUCUCGCCAUGGAUACGAACAUGGAGGAUGUCGGGCGAGUCCCCGCAGACGUGUCACCGCUCCCCGCCCUCGAACCCACCACCAUUCCCACCCUGGACGGCUGGAUCGAGAGCCUCAUGAGCUGCAAGCAGCUGGCCGAGUCCGACGUGCAGAGGCUGUGCGAUAAGGCGAGGGAAGUCCUCCAGGAUGAGUCCAACGUCCAACCCGUCAAAUGCCCCGUGACGGUGUGCGGCGACAUCCACGGCCAGUUUCACGACCUCAUGGAACUAUUCAAGAUUGGUGGACCGAACCCUGAUACCAACUACCUCUUCAUGGGCGAUUACGUCGACAGAGGCUAUUAUUCCGUCGAGACAGUGACCCUCCUUGUGGCCCUCAAGAUCCGAUACCCUCAACGGAUCACUAUCCUGCGCGGCAACCACGAGUCGCGGCAAAUCACCCAGGUAUACGGCUUCUACGACGAGUGUCUCCGGAAGUAUGGCAACGCGAACGUCUGGAAGUACUUCACCGACCUCUUCGACUAUCUUCCUCUCACAGCCCUCAUCGACAACCAGAUCUUCUGCCUCCACGGCGGCCUCUCCCCGAGCAUCGACACGUUGGAUAAUAUUCGUGCUCUCGAUAGAAUCCAAGAAGUUCCUCAUGAAGGACCCAUGUGCGACCUUCUGUGGUCCGACCCCGACGACAGGUGCGGUUGGGGUAUCUCGCCCCGAGGUGCUGGGUACACCUUUGGGCAAGAUAUUUCCGAGGCGUUCAACCAUAACAAUGGCUUGACACUCAUAGCUCGCGCUCAUCAGCUCGUCAUGGAAGGGUACAACUGGUCGCAGGAUAGGAACGUGGUGACCAUAUUCUCUGCUCCGAAUUACUGCUACAGGUGCGGUAACCAGGCCGCCAUCAUGGAAAUCGACGAGCAUCUGAAAUACACCUUCUUGCAAUUUGACCCUUGUCCAAGGGCUGGCGAACCUAUGGUCUCUAGACGUAAGUGA